AAGUUUGGAAUUCAACUUUCACCAUUUAUUUUACCAUACACCGAUUCAGAUGGGAUCCUUGUUUAGUCGCGCGCAUCCAGCAAACAUGAGUGGACAAGUCGCCGAGUUUGUGAGGGCUGCAAUUGCCAAGGAUAAGGUGGUCAUCUUUUCGAAAACCUACUGUCCGUACUGUACCAUGGCCAAAGAGCCUUUCAAGAAACUGAAUCAGGAGUACGCAUGCUACGAGCUCGACCAACGAAAUGAUGGUGAUGAGGUCCAGGCGGUCCUUGGGGAACUAACGGGGGCUAAGACGGUACCGCGAGUGUUUAUCGGUGGUAAUUUCAUUGGCGGUGGUACCGACAUCAAGAAAAUGUACGACGAUGGCCGAUUAGAAAAGCUUUUAGUUUAGCCAAUUUCCAGAUGGUCCACACAAUGUUAAGAGUUACUCUUUUUAUUAUGUGUAGUGCAGAGCACAAUAAAAAUGCAAAUGCAUUGAUUUGAAGCACUA